AUGUCGAGACUUGAUUCUCUCACACCCUCCAAAUCCCGCUCGAGGGCAUCUCCGUCGCCCUCUCCUUCACCUGGUCCUGGCUCACCUGCAAAAAACACCGAGACAACCCAUCAUAGGAUGUUGAAAUUAGUUUUAUCUGAGGUACGCAAAAUCAUCAGAACGUGGGAUGAGCUGGUCAUCAUGGAUGGGUUCAAGGCUUGUAAAGGUGUUGUAGACGAGGGAACGGAGAUGGAUAAUAUCUUGGCGGUAGAGGAGAAACCUGAAAGACCAGAGAUAGGUGGUCAUUUGAAUAGUUGGUAUAGUCAUAGGCAAUCUUUGGAAAGUACUUUGAAGAAAUUAGAUAACAAUCUGUAUAAAUUAUCCGCAUUGACUGACCAAGCUGAGAAGAUCUUCUUUGAAGCUUAUAAGAGAGAAGGACACGAUUUUGUAUUUGUAGAGCCAUUAUGGUUCACUUGGACUUUGGAGAAAUUUGUGAAUUCACUAUCACCCAUCAUUUCCUUGCAUACCGCCCACCUCGCAUCUCUCAAUUCCCUUUCUCAUAUCAUACUUGACCCAAACACUUCAUUUGACGAUGCGAAAUUGGCUUUGGAGGCGUGGAGAGACAUAGCCACUGGCGGAGAGAGAUGGGAGGGAGUGAGAGAAUGGGAAGAAUUGGUGGAAGUUGAAUUGGCUGGAGGGAGGGAUGAAGGGGAUGAUGACGAGGAUGAAGUACCGAUAAAGGGGAAGAAGAAGGGUAGAAAGUGA